GACCCGGCUGCCGAAGCAGUAGAAAAAUUGGGGAAAGUGUUGGAACGCGUUGAAGAAAAGUUCAAUAGUAAACUUCAUAAAAAGUAAAUAUUAAUAGUUCUUCGAAUUAAAAUUAAUGUGUUAAUGUAAAAUUAAAUGCUAUUUAAGAAGUAUUGAGCGUGAAAACAAAUUCAUCUUACAUAUCAAAUGUGCGUGUGUGUGUGAAUUUCAAAGGAUGUAAAGUAAAAAUCUAAUUGGAGAAAUUUUUUUCCUGUUGGAUUUUUCACUCGCUUCCACAUGUGAAUUUUAUCGAUUACGUCGGCUGACAGGCAUUAAAAAAGCGCCGACAUGUGCAAAAAUGAGUAAUGAAGCUCGAUAUGAAUUAAAAUGUGAAAAAUAAAUCCACUUACGAUAAUAGACGAAGAAAAAACCAGUAAUUAAGAGCUAAUGUAUUUAUAAAUUGUUUUUUCUUCUCCAUUUAUUUCCUGUACUUCGCUUACUCGCUCUAUCAUUGCGUUCUUAAUAUGAAAUAAAUUAGUUCUAUGCGAUUGCUACUGUUACAAGUUAACUUGCGUGCAAAUUGAUAUGUAUGAAGUAUAUUUAUUUUUAUUUGAAUUGAUCGUGCAAAAAUUUCUUUGAGAAGGCUCACCUUAGCUGUCGCUAAAUUGAAACCUACCUACAACAAUGUGGGCUCGUGAUUAUAUUUACACACUUAUGGAGAUAUGAAUGUGUGUAGAUAGAUAGCAAGCGAAAGCUACAACAAAAAAAUUAUGUUAAAAACAAACCGGAUAUUUCACUAAAGCUAAGCUUUAAUAAAAAUUAAGCAUAUUAACGGUGGGGGACAGUGUCAAACAGACGAUAAAAGUGACAUAUGUAUGUAUGUAUGUAUAUCCACAUAAAUACCAACAAUAAAACGAAAUCACAAUCCGACGAACCACACUAAAUUUGCACGUUAGUACUAGUCAAACAUACAAGCCGUCUAAUGCACAAACAAUUAAAGAGAGUAUUUGUAGGAAGAAAUAAAAUAUUUUAUGAAACUGAAAAUGCCUACAAUAAAGUUUAGGAAGCGCCAACCUAAAUGCAAAUAAAUUGAUUGAAGCAAUUUUGCAUAAAAUUCAGUUAACAUCGUAUAUGCAUGUAGAUGUGAAUUUUUGUUAGUCGACUAAUAUUUUUUUUCUUUCAUUUUGGCGGUAUGUGAGUUUUUUAACACAUAUUUUUGAAGAAACUUUCUUCAGUGCACGCACUGUGUAUUCAAUGUACUAAAAAGGCAAACAAAAUUAACUUGCUAAAUUAAACGCAGCCGCCGUCAUUCGACAAUAAAAUUUCGCAAAUAUCGCCGUAAAUUGGAAGACAAUUAUUUUAAAGAGAAAAUUGCUUCAAGCACGCAUUGUCACAUACUAUAACUAAAAAUAUUGUACAUAAUUUUAAAAGGCAGUAAAGCAAAACAGAAUAAAACCUACAUUAGGUGAAACCACAACAAACCAAUACUUAGAACGUUCCAAAGAGUUACCCAGUCAAUAAUAAAAUAAAUUAAAUAAGAAAAUAUAAACAAAUAAUUAAUAAAAAUGAUUAAUAUGGACAUUAGCGUAACACCGAAUUAUUCGUACAUUUUCGAUUUCGAAAAUGAUUUUAUCCACCAACGCACACGCAAAUGGAUGGUCGAGAAUUGGACUUGGGUUUUCUACUAUUGUGGCAUUUAUAUGUUGGUGAUAUUUGGCGGACAGCAUUUUAUGCAGAAUCGUCCCAGAUUCCAACUACGCGGUCCAUUAAUUAUCUGGAAUACAAUGCUCGCCAUGUUCAGUAUUAUGGGCGCCUUUCGAACGGCACCAGAACUUCUGCAUGUGCUGCGUCAUUAUGGCCUUUUCCAUUCCGUUUGCGUUCCUAGCUACAUCGAACAAGAUCGCGUCUGCGGUUUCUGGACCUGGUUGUUUGUGCUCUCCAAACUGCCCGAACUCGGCGAUACAAUAUUCAUUGUAUUGCGAAAGCAGCCGCUCAUUUUCCUGCACUGGUACCACCACAUCACUGUGCUCAUCUACUCCUGGUUCUCGUACACCGAGUACACCUCGUCGGCGCGUUGGUUCAUCGUCAUGAACUACUGCGUACACUCGGUGAUGUACUCGUACUACGCGCUGAAGGCGGCGCGCUUCAAUCCGCCACGCUUCAUUGCCAUGAUCAUCACGUCGCUGCAAUUGACGCAAAUGAUUGUCGGCUGUGCGAUCAAUGUGUGGGCCAACGGCUUCCUCAAGACGCACGGACGUCAAUCGUGCAAUAUCUCACAGACCAACAUCAACCUAUCGAUCGCGAUGUACUUCAGCUACUUCGUGCUCUUCGCGCGCUUCUUCUACAAGACAUACUUGUCGCCGGCCGGCAAGAAGACACGCCGCAUGGCAGCAUCUUUGGCCGCGCAAAACACCGCCAAACUCUCAUCGCCCAGCAGUGACAUGUCGUCGAAGUCGUCGCUACUGUCCGACAGCAGCAAUGGCGCACUGAACGGCAACGCCGCCAACGGUGCUGCUGCGUUUCUGCACAAACCGAAGUUGCAGUAAGCCGGCGACGGCGUCAACGACGGCAUCGGCGGUGUUGGCAAAGGUUAUGUUGUAUUUUUCUUGUUUUUGGUGGGACAUUUUAGCGGGUGCCGAAUGGUGAAUGAAAGCGUUUGAGAUGAUGUAUUUUUGGAAUUCGAGAGCAAUGGAUAAGUCAAAAGUCAGUAGUCAGUAGUGUGUACGUUUUAGUUUUCUUUGAUGGGAGUGCGGGUCAAAGCAUAUACAUACAUACAUACAUAGGAUACAUACAUAUACGUGCGUGCAUAUGUAGUUGCAGCGAAAGAAACUAAUAAGCGACAAGCAGGAAGGGGCGCGAGUGUGUGAUACAGCGAAAUUUCAACAAAACAAGCCUGUAUUCAAUAAAUUGUAAAAUAACAACAACAACAAAAACAAAUAAUUAAACUGAACAAGAAGAAGAACAAAUUUAUAAUGAAUGAAUUUUGAAUAUUUUUAAUCCUAUUUGUAAUACGUGUAUAUGUGUGUGUAUACAAGGAAGAGAGAACAAACAAAAACAAAACAGAAGAUAUUUUUGAAAAACUGAAAUUGUAAACUUCACUUGGUCUCUCAUUUAAAAACCGAUAUUUGUGAUGAGCCAUAUGUGUACCCAUCAAUUUUCCUCGAGUUACAUUAGGUAUUUUGUAUAUUAUGUACAUGCAUGUGUUGCACACAUUAAAAUCAACUUAAACAACAAAAUGUUAAGCAGCAAGUUUUGCAUAAAAACAAUUACUUAAAACUGUUCGUGUGUUUAUAAGUAUAUACUAUGUAGUUAUGUGUUUGUUUGCGGCAACCAAAAAAAAACAUGAAAACAAACACACAAAUGUCCUAUAAAAUAUUUAUUGCCUGCAAGUUUCAAUUAACCGUUUGAUCGAUGACGUUUAUUGAUACACGGGAAAAGAAAAAUAUUUGCUAUUUACUUUUUGAAAUCACAGUGAAAAUCAUGAAUUGAUCAUGUGCAUAUGCAUAUUAGCUCUUCUUUCUAUCUCUCUCCCCCUCUCUCUCUCUCUUUCGCUCACUGUAAGUGCAUUUUCUUUAGUUAUUAAUUAGCGUAAUAAUUAAAAGGUAAAGCUGAGGUUGAAAGACAAGCGCUGAGGCACUAAAAAUUUAAGAUUUUGUUUUCAAUCCAAAUUGUCAUUAGCUCACAAGCACCGUUAUAAAACGUUUAGCUGUUAUCUAACGCAUAAAAUAUCAAAAGAUAUAUAUCAUUUCUUGAAAUAAAGUCAAUUUUGUGUGGCAUUGCUGCAGUUGAGAAAUUAUUGAAAACACAUUACCGCUAUUUUGAACUUCAAAUAUAAACCGAAACUUAGCGACGUGCCUAAAAGCAUGCUAUAAACAGAGUAAUAUGCAUGACAAUUGUUAUAACAGUUGAUUUCCGUUAUGCUGUGCUUAUUUUAGGAAUCUAACAUAUUUAUUUCAAUGCUUGGAGGUUUGAAUUUUAGCGUAGAAGCAGUGCAGAAGCUCCCACAGACACAUACUCGCUGAGUUCGCUUAAAUAGUUGUAUUUUACUAAUAAAAACAUAUUUAUUAAUUCAUUUAAUAUAUCUAAUUUUGUUAUUGUAUAGACAUUAGCAAACUGCAAAUGCAAAUUUCUAAUUCUUACUUAGCAAAUGACUGUCGCAACUUCUGACACAAACAACAAUUGAACUGCAAACGUUUCGCACAAAGUUCAGCUUUGCAAUUUUCAAAACAUUCAAAGACAAUUUAUGAAUAUAAAUUUGGAUUUUUAGUUUUAUAAGUAAAAAAGCAUAAAUAAUAUUGAUCUACAAGCUCAAAUUACAUCACAUUCUUUUGGAGUUUCGCUGAUUUAGCAAAAAAAUAAAUAUUUAACUUUUUUAUUUAAAAAUUUAAAUUUUAUUUGACUCAAAAAUUUAACUUAAAAUUUUUUGUUUAAAAAUUAAAAUUAUAUUUUUUUAUUUAGUAAUCAAAUUUUUUUUAUUUAAACAUUGAAAUUUUUAAGUUGAAAUUUAAAUCCAAAUAUAGCGUGUUCAGCGCAGAGCGUACCAUUAAUUAAAAAAAAUUAAAGAAAAAUUAAGAAAUGAGGCAAACGCAAGCACACAGUUCAAUGAAUUAUUGUAAAAUAAAGCAAAAAUAAAAAAAUUAUAAAGCUGUUGCCAAAUGAAUUCAAAAAAAAAAAAACAAAUAAAAAACAAAAA